AUGGGGCAGAUCUAUGAAGCUCAUCAAACUCUGAGGAAACUAUCACUGAGCCGACAGCCUGAUUGGACUAAAUACCCUGAGCUGGCUGCAGAUCUGAUGAUAUCAGGACACCCGAUGGAGCUGAUGGAUGGGGAUGCAGGCCACGUGCCUUUAAUAUGGAUCUCUAGUCUCUUAAAAGAAGUCAUCAACAAACUGGGUGACCAGAGAGUCUUUGUGCUGUCAGUUCUGGGUGUACAAAGUAGCGGAAAGUCAACGAUGCUGAACGCCAUGUUUGGCCUGCAGUUUACAGUCAGUGCUGGGAGAUGCACCAAGGGUGCCUACAUGCAACUGGUUAAACUGUCAGAGGAAAUCAAGGACAAAUACAAGUUUGACUACAUUCUAGUUGUAGACACUGAAGGACUGCGAGCUCUUGAGUUAGCAGGUAAUGCUACCCUUCAUCAUGACAAUGAACUUGCAACAUUUGUUGUUGGUCUGGGAAACAUGACACUGAUCAACAUCUUUGGUGAGAAUCCAGCUGAGAUGCAGGAUGUCCUACAGAUUGUUGUGCAGGCUUUCAUGAGGAUGAAGAAAGUCAAGCUUUCUCCAAGUUGUGUGUUUGUCCAUCAGAACGUCACAGAUAUUACAGCAGCAGAGAAAAACAUGGACGGAAAAAGACGACUGCAAGAAAAACUGGACAAGAUGGCUCAACUUGCUGCCAAAGAGGAAGAACUGGCCAAAAAUGUUAAACAAAAAGUGACAGAGUUUGAAUCAGGGAAGAAAUUUACAUUCAAGAAGGAGUUUACAGUUGAUCUUUCACUGUAUGUGUUUGAUAGGGCUGAAGGUUGGCUUUUAAACUCCCACAAGAUCUACAGAGACAACAAUGAUGCUCUCACUUAUUUGGACAACAAGAAAAAUGAGUAUUACAACAUUUUCAGAAGCUUCUGCAAAGGAAGUUCAUCUGCUGUGGUGUUUGGAGAAAUUAUGUGUGAAAAACUCAAAGUCUCUGCUGUUGAAGCCGUCUGUAACAAGACUGGAGUUGAUAUUGCUGGACAGAUGAUGUGCAGUUUCCCUGCAUUCAAUGGGAACAGACUGAACUUAGAGAAACAUGUGUUGGCAUCUCUGGCAGAGAAAGAAGACUUUAACAGAUUCACCACCUAUAUCAGAAAUCCAAGAGCUCAAGUCGAGGCUUUCAUCAAAGAACAAGUAAAGAAAUACAUGUUCAUGACACAGAAAGUUAAAGCCCAGAAUAUCCUGAAGAAAAAUGUAGAAGAAAUCAGCAGAGUCAUCAGUCAGGCUUUGUUUGAGGCAACAGAGAAAUUCCAACACAUUAAGGGAAACAUAGAAAUGUGGGUGGAGGAAUUUUCGAGAAAACUAAAACCAAAGUUGAUACUUGAUAUUGUUAGUUGUCAAAACUUCAGUGACAUAAACAAUUUUGACUUCCUUAAAGAAGAGAUAGAGAAAGGCCUGAAA